UCUGCAGAUGUGGACGAGUGCGCCGAUAGCGGUGAUGAAGAUCUGCUCUGUGAUCAUUUCUGCCACAACUACAUUGGAGGAUACUACUGUUCCUGUCGCUAUGGUUACCUGCUGCACACUGACAACCGGACCUGCAAAGUGGAGUGCAGCAGCGAUGUGUUUCGAGAACGCUCCGGUGUGCUGAGCAGCAUCGACUUUCCUCACCCGUAUCCGAAAAGCUCCGAGUGUCUGUAUCGCAUUGAGGUGGAGUCAGGCUUCAGACUCCGCCUCCAGUUUGACCCCACCUUUGAUGUAGAGGACCAUCCUGAUGUCCACUGUCCCUAUGACCACCUCAAGAUCUCAGCAGCAAACACAGACUGGGGUCCGUUCUGUGGAUGCCAGCCCCCAGAUCUGAUCCAGAUCGAGUCCAACACCGCCACCAUCCAUUUCCACAGUGACAACUCCGGAGAAAACCGCGGCUGGAGGCUGACGUACACCGCCACAGGAAGUAGAUGUUUACUUCCUGAGAUUCCAGACCACGCCCUGCGGACUCCUGUCCAAUCAGAGUACUUCUUUAAAGAUCACCUGGUGCUGGCCUGUCAGCCUGGAUAUCGGCUGCUGAAGGAUGGAGAGUUCUUUAAUCACUACCAGAUGGACUGUCAGAGUGAUGGGUCGUGGAGCAGCAGCCCCCCACAGUGUCAAAUGGUGGAUUGUGGGAGUCCAAAGGUGGUCGACAUGGCUGACAUUGUGUUUGGUAGCCAUGACAACAGCACACUGUUUGGAGCCACCUUCCAGUACGUCUGCAGAGAUGCCGCCUUCCACCUGCGGCCAGUCAACAGUUUGUACAGCUGCCAGCAGGAUGGAGAAUGGACAAAUUCAGACAUUGGACCCAGACUGCCCAGCUGUCUGCCAGCCUGUGGACAUCCAGUCCGUGACCUUCCUGCCCAGGUGAAAAGGGUUGUGGGCGGUCAGAGGGCAGAGCCUGGCCUGUUUCCUUGGCAGGUCCUGCUCAGUGUUGAGGAUCUGUCUCGUGUUCCUGAGGACCGCUGGUUUGGCUCUGGCGCUUUGCUGUCUGAGUCCUGGGUCCUAACAGCGGCACAUGUCCUGCGGUCCCAGCGGAGGGACACCAGUGUCAUCCCCGUGGUUCCAGAGCAUGUUAAGGUCUUCCUCGGCUUAAAUAAUGCCAGAGACAAACAUCUGUCCCCCAAUCGCUCAGUGGAGGAGAUCUUACUCCAUCCAGACUUUCAGCCGCACAACUACAACAACGAUAUUGCCCUGGUGAAGCUGAGGGAGAAGGUGGAGCUUAAUGAUGUCAUCCAGCCAAUCUGCCUCCCGCCACCACAGACCAAGAAUGACCUCCCAGCACCUCUGCCCAACUCAUUGGGGAUUGUUGCUGGGUGGGGUAUCUCCAACCCAAAUGCGUCCUCCUCAUCCUCCAGUGAUCCUUCCACCCUGACCUCUGACCCCGCUGCAGCUGCUGACCUUGGAAUGACCUCUGACCGACUGCAGUACGUCAAGCUCCCGGUGGUGACGCAGGAUGAGUGCCAGGCAAGCUACACCUCACGUUCUGUCAACUACAACAUCACAGAUAACAUGUUCUGCGCCGGUUUCUAUCAGGGUGGACAGGACACCUGCCUCGGUGACAGCGGGGGGGCGUUUGUGAUGGAGGAUGAGACCAGCAGGCGGUGGGUGGUGUUUGGGUUGGUGUCCUGGGGGGGACCCGAGGAGUGUGGCAGCGAGCGCGUCUAUGGAGUCUACACCAGAGUGGCAAACUACGUGGAGUGGGUACAGAGACAUCUGGAAGCUGCUGCCUUGUAGUGACAGACACACAAGGUUCAGGCUCAGAAACAAAAGCUGGAUCAGAACCGCGGGCUCUGGACACAACGUAACAUCUAUUCAUGUCAAUAAAGGGUAUGUUGACUGUAAGACACAAAGGUUUUUGGUGAUCCCACUUCACUUUAACUACCAGGAAUGUUACAUUAGCAUCUAUGCCUGAAUCAGGGGAACCACCUCUGGAACCACCUGAGUGUAGGAGAUUCUCCAAGGACUGUUUGGGCAUUGAUUCAUAACCCUACCCCCCCAAAUCUAAAUCUGUACCUAAUCCCCUCCAACAGACGCUCAAAUGGACCACUGUUCCAUCUGGGGCAGUCGCUGAUCGCGCAGCCUAGUGAUCCAUGACCCUCACAAGGACCUUACUCAAGGCCAUCAUAGUAAAGGUCAUUCAUGAGGUUGAAAGAUGAACCGUUCUCUCAACUCCCCACCUUCAUUUCCCUCUGUGGUCCAGGUAUUGAACCUUGGACACUUCUCGAGGCUUAAACCAUGUAAGAAUGAGGCUUCGCCUCUGCUGGUGGUACCCAAACAGUCCUUGGAAACUUCCUCACUCCUGACAGUCCUGUUUGUAUGAACACAAAGAGAUAUUUGCUUUGUUGGUUAUUUCACUCUGUACUGGUUUUAGGAGUCAACCCAGUGGCAGAUUUUGGUACGGGCCAUGCGGGCUAUCACCCUGGGCGGCAUUUAUAGGGGGGCGGCACUGUGGGGAUGAGCAAUUAAAAAAAUCAUCUCCACUUCAAAAUGGUUUUCUUGUCACUGUGUGUAGAAUUGGCAAAUUGGUGCCUCCUGCAGGCAGCUGCAGGCGCCCCUGUUUACUGAAGCAGUGAGAUGGUGACAGAAAGGGGAGGGGCGUGCCGUGCACAGAGGACAGGUCACCUCCGGGUUUCUCUAAUGGGACGGACAAGUGGGUGGGUGGGGAGGAGGUUUGUGGGCUAAAGAGCUAAUUGUUCCUCCCCUGAAAGUCAGAUUAAUAAUGUGUCUAAUGUAAGACGUGUUUUUUCCUGGAUGUUUUGUUUUGGAGUAAA